CUUCUACAAACAUCCCGUCCCUUCGCCGGCGGGCACGACCAUCACUCCACCAUGUCCGCCGCCACCUCGGCGGCAGCGGCCGUCUCCUCGUCGCGCCCGUAUCCCCUCCUCCAACCCGCCUCCAGACCCGCCCUCGUUUCCUUCCCUCGGCGACAGCUUCCAUCCACCUCGGUUGCCCUGUCCGCGUCCUCCCAGCUGUCGUCGCGGGGCUCGCCGCUGGCGCCGGCGGCCAACCCGAAGUACCACAACGCGAAGGUGGACGCGGGAGACGAGGACGCGGACGGUGAGGAGCUCCUGCGGCGGUUCCGUUGGCAGGUGUCCCGCGCGGGUGUCAUGGAGGAGAUCAGGCGGCGGCGCAGGCACGAGGACGCCCGGGACAAGCGCAAGCGCAAGGCGCGGUCGGCGUCGCUGCGGUACCGCCGGAGGCGCUUCAAGGGCCCAUAUCCUUCCAUCGAUGACCAGGGGCUCAAGGAGCAGGACGAGGAGAACGACAACUGGGAGCUCCCUGCAGGAGAGUUGCCUCCUUACAUUACAGGCAGGUGAAGGUGGUCCGACAAAUUGAAGCGUGGUUUUGUCUGACGGAGAAUUUCGGCGGCUAAAUCUUCAGUUCUUUCUGUUAGUCGAGUAGGUGUUGCCAAAUUGUUCUUGUGGAUGGAUUGUACAAUGGCUGGUGUGUUCUCACGAGAAUUCUGAUGCUUUCUGGUGGGGAGAAAAUGAUUUCUGAUGCAGAUGCAGUUGACACUUUUA